UAACAAGUAGUACGAGUGCACAAUAAUAUUAUUGUGCACUCGUAGUACUCGUUACUACUGAUGGCAUUUGAAAACGUUCUGUCAGUUCCAACCGACACUGUUUCCUCAUUCGUGUGUGGAUGUUCAGAUCUUUAACGAAGGCGAAGGCGAGCCAGCCAGGAAAAACUAUUUGUUAAAUACAUAAAAUCAGUGUUUAGCCUUCUUAACGAGAUAGUCGCUUUCGCUGUCGUAAAAGCUACAUCUAUGAUGGCAUCUACCAGGAGUUCUUAUGUUGUAACACAACUCUUGUCACAGCCAUCUUGGACAUCGCUGUUUACCCGAAGCUUGUGGCCAGUAUCUGGGAAGAAACUGAAUUAUACCAUCGUGCCAAAGAGGCACAGCUCAAGCCAGCCCAAGACAGAGCUAGAAGAAGCUCAGAUCUUUCGUGGGAAUGUGUCCGAAUUCCCCUGUACGCUAUCGAAAAACGUUCAGGGACCAGAGCCUAACUAUGAGAAAAUCGUUAGUGGUUACCAAGUCUUUCGUCACUCGGAGCCUUUCAAUUUCCAGUACAACCAAGGCGUUAUUCCGCAGCUGCAGAUAGCUUACGAGACAUGGGGCGAAUUGAACCCUGACCGCUCCAAUGCAAUUCUGAUUUUCACCGGCCUAUCGGCCAGUUCGCACGCGCGCAGCCAUUCCGCUAAUCAGCAGCCGGGCUGGUGGGAGGAAUUUAUUGGACCAGAAAACGCUGUGAACACAUCUAAGUAUUUUGUGAUUUGCGCUAAUCACAUCGGCAGUUGCUACGGAUCGACUGGUCCAUCCAGUAAGAAUCCUCUGACGGGUAAACCGUACGGCACGACGUUUCCGGUUCUAAGUGUGCAGGAUUUAGUGCGCGCCCAAUUCCACCUGUUGGAUUUUUUGGGGAUUGAGAAGCUGCACGCCUGUGUGGGAUCGUCACUGGGCGGAAUGUGUUCGGCACAAGCGGCUGUUUUAUAUCCGGAACGGAUGGGCCGAUUGAUCAGCAUUUCCGCUUGUCAGUAUUCGUAUCCUGCCAGCAUCGCCACACGCUAUCUACAGCGACGGUGUAUUAUGACGGAUCCUAAUUGGAACAACGGUUUUUAUUACGGAAAUCAGUUGCCGUUUCACGGUAUGAAAACUGCUCGCGAGAUUGCAACAAUCAGUUAUCGCAGCGGGCCGGAAUGGCGUCAGCGCUUCGGGAGAAAAAUGAUUGAAGGAGCAACGAUCAGUUUAUGUCCGACUUUCUUGAUUGAGCAGUACAUCGACCACCAAGGCGAACGUGGCGCGUCCAUGCUGGAUCCGAAUACAUUGUUGUACAUUUCCAAGGCCAUGGAUUUAUUUGAGCUGUCCAAUGCAGAUCUUGCACGGAUCAAAGUGCCCACACUAAUUAUCGGCGUAGUGACAGAUGCACUGUUUCCGGUUUGGCAACAACGGGAGCUGGCACAUCAACUGGUUGAAAAUGGGACACCGACUACGUAUUACGAGUUGCCUUCGUUGUAUGGCCAUGACACGUUUUUAUUGGAUGUCCAUGGUGUCGGCACUGCUGUGAAGGGAUUCCUGGAAACCACCAUGGCAGAGAAAGUGCAGAGAAAUACUAUAUCGCCUUUCCCGUAUUAUUAAAGUUGGCGCAAUGUUAGGCAUAAUUGCGCGUAUAAGCGCUCUGCAGCACAACGUUCGACAGAUCAAGCCCGACGAACAACUCGUCUUGGAAUUUCUAGUAAGCUUUUUCGCAGCCAUAUCUCCAAACAAAUUGCGUAUCGUGCACUGCCUUUUGCAUGAUGUCGGUGUUUUUAUCCUGCCUCAAAGUACCGUACAUCUAUUAAGCCGAAAGCUUUCAAAUUUUUAAAAUGGACUAUUUUUGUAUUUGUACUUGGAUUGUGGCACAGACUCAAUGUAGUGGUUGCAACUCCCAACAGUUUUGCUCUUGCAGUUGGUCAUGUGGAAACUAUGACGUAAGAUAUUUAAUCUACCAAAAGAUUUCCCAGUGUUUUUAUUAUCAAAACAACAGAGAUUAU